AUGCUACUCCGAUUGGUGCUCGCUAUCGGGUUGCUCGCGGGGACCGGAUACGCCCGUGCGCAGCCGUUCCAAGUUCUGGACACAAACUCCUUGUUAAACCAGCUAUUUGAUGCUGAUGACAAUCGAGCUCAGGACACGCAAGUUACGAUCAACUAUCAGAAUAUGGCUUCAAAAGCACACCCUGAUCACGACAAUGCGCCAAACCCACUUUUCACACUGGUUGACGCCACUUUGUUGAGCGGUCCGACUUAUGCCAGCUUCAACAACUUAGUUGCCACCUUCACCAUUCCCGAUUCCGACCAAGACGAUCCGAUGACGUCCGCUAGACAGGCCGCUGCUUCUGAUUUCAUCGAGAAAAUAUCGACUACAAAGGCUUACACCAUUGCCUGGACGUACCUCCAAGAUUACGGUCACGUCUCCCAGGACCCGACCGUCUUCAAACAGCAGCUGAGCGCCCUAUGGUUCACGCCGUACGCCAGGGGACAAGCUACUGGGAGUUCCGGUUUCGAAUCAGUAUUCGUCGGCGAGACCCAAGCGAACAGCAUCAUCCGAGGCAACAACUGGCUCGGCUUCUACUUGAAAGAGAAAGACGCCGCCGUCGACUAUCAUGGAUGGUUCACCAGGAAUAAGGUCGGUUUACAUACAAACGUACAGGUGUUAAUCCGGUGGAAUACGACAAAA